AUGGAUCGUCUCUCCCAGGAAUUGUACGACACGAUCGUCUCCUACGUGGCGAGGAUAUCCGCGGUAGCGUCAUUGGCCUCUGUUUCGCAUCGCUGGCGUGUCAGCGUUGAACGCCGCACUUUUAGAGAGAUCCACCUCAAGAGUUCUGAGCUAGACUUCUUCGAGCACAUCUGCCGCCAGCGGCCUGAUCGUCAACAAUACAUUCGGACCAUCCAAUUCUCCAUCAUACUGCCGACAUAUGAUCAGGAGAAGCGGGGUUUAUUCGAGAGCGACGAGGAUCGGGCGGCGAACGACAGAGCCUUCACUAUAGCGAUCAUCAGACUCCUCGACAUUCUCAGCCACUGGCCAAGCGAGAAUGGGCAUCUCAAGCUUCGCCUGGAAGAAGUUUAUUCAGUUGCAGAUCGUCCAUCCUGUCGAGGGCGUUGGGCAGGAACCGACGUGGACAUUGUCCCUGGCACCCAUACGCGCAUCGACGCGGAUGGCACAAUCCACACGGUUACCGAUUUAUACGAGUGGCGGUACUUCUACUCGUUUCUGGACCUCGAUCGAAAGCUGGUUGCCGAUCGAGGACACCUCCCAGAAGUCCCGGUGAUCCGUGAGUUCUACCUAGGGCCAACUGCCAGGAACAUCGCCGAUCACGUGUCGGUUAUCCUAGCAGCGCAAUGCAUGCCGAAUCUUUCAGUGGCCAUGUGGAGGCUGGUCACAUGGGAGAUCAAGUAUCUCAGGCUACGGCGUGCAUACCGCUCUUUGCUGUCACAGGCUAUAAUGACGCACUUCUUGGAUCUGAACGGGUUGAAAGAGUUGGUGAUCCAGAUGGGUUGUCCCAAUACGUGGUGGGCAGACAAUUUCAUAGAAGGGGAUAUCUCGCGGGGGCCUUCUACCCGAACCUCAUACUGGCCUGACGACCAGGCAGGGCGCGCAGAGGAAUCUGGUCAAGCACGAGUGGGCUCUGACAACCUGAGCUCCGCCUUGCGCAUUGGGCUCACUCAGCUACGCAAUCUCAAAAGGUUGAUACUCAGCGGUACCUUUGAUGCCACGCUAUUCACGGAAGAGGAUCCGUCUGCUGUGUCGCUCGAAGGGGGGAUUGUCGAACAAUCACAGAUGGCACCAUGCUGGGGCGAAGCCCUCGAGUAUCUCCACGUCUCUUUCGACGCCCGGAGGCCCCAAGGCGGCAGUUACUUUCGCAUGGCGGGUCCGGUCAGGUUCGCCUCGGAUCUAGACGAUAUCGAGCAGCGGAACGACCUGAGCACAGAGGAAGAGUUUCCGCCGGGCUACGGCAGUCUCACCCCUGAGGCCGUGCAGGCCGCCACCCAGGCGUUUGCCAUGUCGGACCACACGGCGGGUUCUUCCUCUGCUGACUUUCCCGUUGCCGCGGUGGACGACGACGACAUGGGCAUCUCGUCUCUCCUGGCUGGAUUCGCGCGCGCGUGCGCGCGCAUGCCCAAAUUGAAGCGGUCGUCCAUUUCGUCUUGGAUUCCAGCCCGCGUGCUGGACGAAGCCGGCGAGCGGGUGACGACGGGCAGGCGGAUGUGGGGUGUCUGGUAUGUGACCCCAGACCUGGAGGCGGACGAGUCCAUACGCGGCCGAGCAUUCUGGUUCCGAAGUCCAGCGUUCUUCGGAGAUGUCAAGAGGAGGCGCGUGCUAUGGGACACACAGGACUGGCGUCCCUCGGAGCAAUUGAGCAGUUUGUUCGCAAUUAUUGGGCGCGAGAAGUAUGCCUGUGAUUUCGUGGAGAGUUUUGCAAGCACAGAUGGGAUCAGAGCGCUGGAACGUUACAGGAAGAGCAAGGAUGACAACGAAAUCUUGGACAUGAUGGAUUCGUGA